GAAAGCGUCACUGACAACGGAGCAGCCCUGAGCUGAGCCUGAAGCUGAGCAGGGAAAUUCAGUUCUGGAUUUAAUUGAUUGGAAAGCCAAGAUCUGUAUUUUACAUUACUGUCAUUGUGAGGAGGCUCAGGCAACCCUUGACACGAUCAUGAUAGAUGAUUUCCUUCUAGGCAACGGACAUUGUCCCCUGAGAUGGUAUGAGAAAUGCUGAAUCGGACCAGCUGAUUUGAUGUCGCUGAGGGUGGUAUUUGGUUCCCUGCUGGACGGUGGUCUGGCUAUGAUCCCGGUCAGCGGACUGUCCUCCCAGCCCACCCGUCCUAACCCAACUCAACCGUCCUCUCAACUCAACUACACAACUCUUCAUCCCACCGCUGACACCGAAAGUCAUGGCUACCCAGCCUGGCCUCCCACCGAACGCUCCCCGAGUCCCAUCUCCAACAGCGCCCUCUCCCUGAACCUCAAGCCACCUCUGAGAUCUGCCAGCUCUCCUCAGCUCCACCGGGUGUCCAAGGGUGAUCUUCGGGAUCUGCUGUUCCUGGUACCGACUUUACCGCUCAAAGGCAUAUUUGAUAUCGGCAGUGGCCAUUAUGAUGUUGUCCUGGAUGAGAAGCAGAUCAGUUGGACUCCUCUUAGUAGGUCAAGCCAUGCCAAAGGUGAGCAGUACCCAAAGGUGAUCAAGAUCAAAGACAUCUUUGCUGUCCAGAUUCAGAGGAUACAGAGGGCGGGGCAGGAAGAUGGGGGUCAUCCCAAGGGGGUGUCUAUCUUUGUGGUACAUCCCAAGAAGGGCGUGGCCAACGGGCUUACUUGGGAGGAGAUAGUCCUUGAAUCGACCAAUGAGGGAACCUGCCAACAGUGGUUUCAGGCCAUUCUGAAGCUCAUCAAUGAAUUCACUGAGAGACCAAAGAGACUAAAAAUCUUUGUGGAUACCAUGAGAUCUGAGAAGGCCAAACAAGUCUAUGAAAAUAAAAUCAAGAUGCUAUUCCACCAUACUAGAAUGAAAACGGAUAUCGUAGAGGUCAGCCGUCAACAUCAAGUGCAAGAUGCAAUAGAUGCCAUGGAUUUUAGUGAUAUAGAUGGGGUAGUAUGUAUUGGAGGGGAUACAAUUACAAAUGAAGCAGUACAUGGGUUGCUACAGAGAGCUCAGAGGGAUGUGGGUAUAGAAAUAUCACCGGACACCCCCAUGGCGAAGUGUAGGAUUCCACUUGGUAUUAUUCCAACAGGAUUGUUCAACAUUGUAGCUCAUUCUACGCAGGGAAUCAGCAGUGCAGUGACCGCUGCACUCCAUAUUAUAUUAGGUCAUAUACAACCUGUUGAUGUGUGUUCCAUGUUCACGGAGGAAGGUUUCCUUCGGUUUGGUUUCUCUAUUAUGUAUGGAUUUGGCAGCGAUUGCUUGAGACGAGCCGUUAAGUCGCAGCAUGUUCUCAAGUCUAAAUCAGCGGAGUAUGCCAUGGCCAAGAGUCUUGUCAAGCUGAGGUCAUACAAUUGUGAAGUGAGUUAUCUUCCAUUAGACAAACGUAAUACCAUGACCACAGAGGAUUCGUCUACUUGUAUAAAAGGGUGCAAGGUAUGUGGACACGCCCCUGAUCUAACCCACCUAGUCCACUCCACGCCGAUACCCCUCCGCCCAAAGGAUAGCCCUCUGGCCCUCCGCAAGCUCACCGCCCACCACCGCCCAUCCCUUGGAACACUUGGGGCCAACCCCAACACCAAUCCCAGGUCCAGUCGUAGCUCCAGUCCUGUACCAAGCAGGCGGAGUAUGGGGGCGUCUGUUCCGUCCAUUCCCAUGAUUGCAUGGAGCGGAGAGUCCGUACACAGCUCGUCUGAAGAAUGCUUGGUGACACCAAAGAAGAAGAAUAGCAAAGAUGUUGUCAAAUCAAUUUUUAAAAGAGGCCUUGAGGCUCCCUCUUCUGCCCCCAACUCCAGGCCCAGCAGUGCAGCAUGGGGGGACCAAGACACCCCUCUACCGGGUGUGGCCGGUAUAGGGAGGGGUGCUGAUACCACCCAGAGGAACCUCAGGAAUGUCUUCACCACAGGAGCAGGUGACCGGUCUGGAGGAAUACCCUCAGUUCAGGUGACCCCUGCUUUAGGAGGUUCUAAGAGUGGUAUCGCUGGCAUGCAGAAAGGCAUCGGCAUCCUACCCACAAUAGACCCAAAUCGUUCACCUCGAUCCAAAGAAAAAUGGUUAAAAUUCCAGGAUUCUUUCACGAGCAUUGGCGUCGUAACCUUGCCCAACCGAAGCCAACUGGUACCUCGUGGUCUGGCUCCUGGUGGCCAUCUUGCCGAUGGCCAUGCUGACCUCAUCCUGGUCAGAAAGGUCAACAGGAAGGAGUUCAGGAAAUUCCUACAGCAUCAUGGGAAUGGUGAAGACCAGUUUGAUUUUCCAUUCAUUUGGAAGCAUCAGGUUAAGGCUGUUCAGAUCAGGCCCUUACUCAGUAGUGAUGAUAUGAGUUCAGCAAAGCUUGAAAAAUCAAUGAAACUAUUGACCUGGAACGUAGACAUGGAACUUAUUAGGGCAGACUUCAUUGAAUUGAGGGUUCAUCGGCAGCUUCUAGCUGUGUUUGGAGAGGGUGUUCUUGAUGACGACUUCCCAACAACAUCCUGCCGAUGCUUAUAACAUCUUGUUUCCCCUCAGAGAUUUUAUCUGCUGAACUUUUACCCUACCAUCGCUUCAUUGAUAGUUUGACAGAAUGUCAUAAAAGAACGUAUGCUGUGCUUUAUGACCCGCUGACCUUUGACCUGCUCAUCGCUUUAAUGAUACGUUUGACAGAAUAUUACAAGCAUGACACAUGCUGUGGAUUGUUGCUUGUGGAAGCAAUACUGGUAUGUUAUUCAUGCCAUGAUCCAAUGGAGAUGAGGGAUGUAGUUUGUGUUCGCUCACAUGAAAUACAAUAUGAAUAUGUGUGCAGACACGAGCAUGCAAAUUUAUUGUAUUAUGGCUAUAAAUGUCUGUCAUGUUUUUCAGAUAACAUUUUCUUGUAACCCUCUGUUUAAAUUUCUCUUUAAACAGAAUCUCAUAACCUGGCUCAUGUGACUAAAAUUCUGAUGAAUUGCUUUUGCAGCGGAGCCUUCGAUAUUUUUUCUUUAUUUCAGUGACACCAUUUUCACAGCAAAUUGGAUGAUUAUUCAAUAUCCAAUUAUAUAAUGCUGCUUAUUGCUUGUAGUAAAAUGAGGCCGACUUUCUCUUUUUGGUUAAACAGGAAUUUAUGAAAAAAUUAGAAGAGAGUGAAUAAAUUUGUCAAAUUUAGAGAACAUGGGUUUUUUAGGAUAUUUUUUUAUAUAUUUUAUUGCACUGAGGAAGAUAUUGCUCAUCACCCUUAUUUCUGAUACUGAUACCUGGGUCCCGUAACACAAAGGUUAGCGAUUGAUCGUACGCUUGAUUUUCAUGAUUGAUUGUACAUUGUAUUCAAUAGAAUCAAUCAUAGAAAAAUGUUCUACGAUCAUUGCUAAGCCUUGUGUUACGGAACCCAGGACUUGCUAUGUUGACAUAGAUUAUAUUUACAUUUAUUCUGAAGAUGAUGCUCUUUUUAUAGUAAAUUUAGUGCAUCUGAAGGCCACCGUACACCUUACGACUGUUCACGAUCCGAUUUUGGAACAAAUCGCAUUUUGCUCAUUUUCUGAAAAUGUGAAUGGAACAUAUCAUUUUAUUUAAGGUUAAUAUUAAUUGAAAGAAUACUAAUAUAACCAUUUUGAAAGAUUGCAAGCCUUUAUUUUGGAGUAAAAGCCAAAUUAAUUUCUAAUCGUACGACUGCUAUGACGUCAUAACGACUAGAUAUUAAAUUUGCUUUUAUUCUAAGAAGGAUGAUAGCAUAGUCACAGAUUUGAACAUAGGUAUUCGUACGAUGAUUUUGAACAUUACACAGUAAGAUAUUCCAAGUCUCAAUAUUAGCAUCAAAUUCUACUACGUUUUAUUCCAAAAUUGAGUCGCAGUCCAAUUGUAAGGUGUGCAGUCGCCUUUAGCGUUCUGAUGUAAUAGCUACAGUAGGCAACUACAUUUAAGAACUCAUUUCUUGCAAUCAAUUGUCUUGAUAUUGCCCUUCUCAUCGAUUCUUUUACAAAUCUUUUUUAGCUCUUUGUGAUUUCUACUGCUAUUGUGCUAUGAAUGAAAUAUGAAUUACAGUAAUUGUUUCAUGUUAUAUCUUGCCCGAUCGCAUUUAUUUAUUGUGCAAAAUUAGCCAAAACAGAUGAUUCUAUACAAGAUAUUUAUUGAAUUUAUAUUAAAACAAAUGCAUGUGCUGCUUCAUAAUGUAAAAUAUAUGAAUUUUAUUGUGAAUUAGAAAAAAUUGUUUGAUUAUAUGUAUUAUACUUAUCUUUGGUGUGCUCCUUGUUUAUCUUUGCCAGAUCUAUGAAAUUCUAUUGUUCUUUAGCCAAAAUUUACAAAAGCGGUUCGAUACUGAAAGGGAUGCAUAUAUUGCAUAACUAUGGACAAUGCAGAUUUCAUGUACAAUGCAUUUAUUCAGUAUUUAGUGCCCUUUGCAAAAUUUUGCAUUUAUUACUCAACCUUUUGAAGUGAAUACAGUGCUGAAUUUUAUGUGAAAUCUGAAUAGUCAUUGGUUUGUAUUUCCACUUGUGACUUCGGGCCAAUAUGUUGAUAUUCUUUACAACUCCAUGCUUAAAUUGCCCACCUUGAGUUUGAAUACUGUAUUAUUGUCUACAUGCAAAGUCUAGGAACGAGAAAUGUUUCAGGACUUUCCAGAAUUCCUGAUUUUCAUUCUUUAUAAAGAAAUGGUGUUCUUAGAUAUAGAAUAUAAAUCUAUGAAUUGGAAGUCUCUUCAGAUAUGCAACAAAACAUACAAAGGCACUGCCCAUGUAAACCUGAGGCAGGCCAUUGUGCCUGGAACUCAAUCCUCUCGACUCUAUGCACUACACUUGUAAAACUUCAGGAAAUCAUGCCCCCCCUGUAGAAUCUAAAGAUUUCUAACAACGAGGGCAGUCUUCAGGGUUUUGCUUGACAAAGUUCCGUUCCAGGCUUUAUAUUGUACAGCAUGCACAUAUGGGACCUGAAAGUGUUCUAGCCUCUUUUCAGGCACUGUGAGUAAAAUUGACUGGCAUCCCUGUUAUACGAGUUCUGUCAUGAAAACUUCAUCUGAAUGUGAAAUAUUGUGUUUAUGAAAGUUUUAUAUGUCGAUGAUGGCAAUAGUUUUGCCCCUCAAUAACAAGCUAAAGCCAGGGUAAUAUUAUGCAGUGCUUAUGUGCUAUAAUGUAUGUACACAUAGACAUAGUACAGUUUUUAUCAAUUUUAUCAAGACUUCUGGUUUAAAUAGUGCCUAAACCACCUGAGCUUCACACUGUCGAAACUAUGACUUUUUUUUAACCUUUAGAAAGAAGGGAAAUGCUUUAAUGCAUAAAGAAAAAGGGUUAUUUAUUGACCAGAAAUGACCACAAAUGUAAAUUUAAGAAAACUUUGUAGGAAAAAAAGAAAUAUACUGCCCUGAUUGUGUCGGCCAAGGAACUUGGUGAGAUUUAUUAUACCCACCAUGUCUAAAUAAACAUGACAUUGUUCCAUUUCCUUGCAAUAAUACCUAUAUUCUCUUUUCUCUAUGCAAAUCUUGAUCUAUACAUUUAUAUUUCAUUUAGUCUAUGCAACAUUUGUUCCUCUUGAUACCCUUGAAAUGAGUGUGUGCUAUUGUAAAUGUAAAAUGUUUCAAGGUAAUAUUUGAUUCCCAAGGAGAUAUUCUGAUGUGAUGAAUACUAUGUGAAAAGAAGAAUAGUAUUGCUAGAUCUUUACUUUCACAAUGACUUAAAUUGGGAUUUGUUUUCUCCCAUGCAAAUCAGAUAAGCUCAUGCCAUGUCCAUCUUGAAUUGAGUGUGUUCAUUUUUCUGCUUUUGCACAAGGUUUCCACCUGCAUUAUUUGGUCUCUGGUUAUCUAAAUUUGACCUUUGUCCAAUAUCUUUUUCCAUCCAAGUUCACCAAAGUUACCUCAAGUAUGACAUCCUUGGUCAUUGUAGAUUAUAACAAUUUGUUUUCUUUACUUUUGAGUAUUAUUGUCUCCUAUCUGAAAUCACACAUCAGAUGCCUGUUGGAUAAAAGAAAAACUGGCAAAUUUUUUGCCAGAGAUUUUUGGUUUGUACAUCAGAGUUUUUUUUAUAGCAAAAGUUUAAUGCAACAGGCCCCAGGGAUGUUGUUGAGCAGGCCUCGAGACCAGAUUUUUCUGGCCCUGGUCUCGGCCCUAGUCACACGUUCAAAGUCUAUGGGAGGUUUUCUCCAGUGGCCUUAUGUGACUCGGAAGUACAGGCCUUGACAACAUCCCUGUCACACGUGUGUUCAUCACUUCAUGAAGCAUCAAUCUCUUCAAUUUUUGUUAACCGACUACUUUAAGAGCUACUCAUAUGCUUGUGAAUGCAAAGUUUUAAAUGAAAAUAACAUUGAACAAUGUUUAAAGCUAAAUUACAGUAGUUGCAGUAAAACACUAAUUUCGUGAGAAAGUCUGUAAAACCAUGGACCUAUAAUAGGUCCAUGGUAAAACCAAGGUUAAGUAUGACUAUAUCAUCGUGGAUCUAGAUCUGGUACAGAUACAUAAACUGAACUUUGUGAAAUCAUAAAAUCUAAGCUGAAAUACGAUCACACUGAAGAUCGCCAACACAGAUAGGCACACGUGGGACAGUGUAUUAUUAUUGCUGGAAUAAAGACCCGACGGAAUUAAGUGACCGAAUCCGCGCUUAUUUUGCUUAUUUCUCAGCAAUUACACAAUUUCUUCCAGAAACCUUUGGCACAUAUUUUUUAUUCAUAAAAACAGACACUUGGGUGGUCAUUAUAUUAGAUUCUGUAAAAAGUCAUUUUGAGAUCGUUACCAGAACUAGAAUUUACCUUGAAUGAAUUGCUCAUCUGGGUAGAUAAUUAUUAGUUUAUGCUUCAUUCUCUGAGAAAAAAAAAGAAUCAUAUUCAUUUUCUUUGAAAUGUGUUUUUCCAAAAGUUUUGUAGCAUUUCUUGAAAUAUUGUUAUUUUUAUAAUCUCUACUUGGGAAUUGUAUAGGGUCCAUAAUGGACCCAUAAUGUUUGUUCUUCAUUUACUUAAAAAAACAUGGGUUUUUAUCAGGCGUUUUUGUUGUUUAACCAUUUUAUUUGUAUUGAAUAGUAUUAUACUAUUUGGAUUGGAUCUGAUAGUGAGUAGUUCUCAAAUCUAAAUCAUAUUUUUGUUAUUUCUUUGCAUGACUUGAAAAAAAAAAUGAGGCGUUGCCAAUUUGCCAUCACCCCUUCCACCACGUUCUUGAUGCCUGUGGAUUCAUUCUUUGUAUGAUCGCUUACAAAGGCCUUUUUAUGACACUAUCAUUGGUGGAGCAAAUCGCUGUUGAUGAAAAUGAGAACGUAAUCUUGAAUUCAAACCAUUUGGGGUUUACAAUUGCAUUCUCCAUCACUUCAAAAUCCAUUGUGUCAGCAAAAUAUUGCAGCUUGUAGUUUAUCACCUUGACUAUAUGUGUAUUCUCAUACAAACAUGCAUUUUGCACUAUAUGCCUUUAUCUUAGCUAUUUAAAUAUAUAUAUAUGCAAAUUUUAUCAGCCUUAGUCAUGUUUGAGUGUUCAAUAUAUGUAUCACAUUUCACUUUUCUAUAAUAUUGAGUUUGUAUACUGCAGGAAACUAAAGAAAUAUAUAUGUAAAACAGUGUAUUCAAAGUUCUGUCAUUUUAGUGUUUUAGAGGUAUAACACAUUCCAAUAUAAUAUUCAGUAUAAUGUACUGUGUUAAAUCAAUAACUACUUAAAUGUUUUUGAAGCUGUGUAUUUUAUUUCAAAUGUGCUUUGUCUACAAAAAUGAGUUACAUGCAUAUAAUAGAGACUAUAUAACCUUGCAUUGAAAUAAACAUGUAAUGAUUAAAGUGAA